UUACCAAGGACUUGAGAAUGUGUUUCCCACCUGAAUUGUUAAUAUUUGCGCUUUUGCAGUUCUCUCCCACCGCCAUUUCUCAAUCCUUCUCUCUCUCUCUCUGUGUGUGUGUGUGUGUGUGUGUGUUUGUGUAUAUUAGAUCAUGGAUGAGAGCGACAUCGCGCGUUUGUUUGCCCCAUCCCCACCAACGACACAGGCGGCCCCUCAGGAGCCCCUGGCGAGCACACAGACCACUCCUCAGGCCCCCCCGUCGAGGGCGGAUACGACUCCUCACAGAGGCGACUCAUUUACCUUUUUGGCAAUGGUUGCCACUUUCUUGGGCGUCCUCGUAGCAGUAUUGCUACUAUCCCAAUCAGAAGGUGGUGGUUCUAUGAUUCUACAUCAAGUUCCAGAAGGUCAUGUUGGUGCAUAUUGGAGAGGUGGUGCUCUUCUUAAAACAAUUACAGAUCCAGGUUUUCAUUUGAAGAUGCCAGUUGUAACCCAUUUUGAGCCCAUUCAGGUGACCAUUCAGACAGACGAGGUAAGGAAUAUCCCAUGUGGUACAAAAGGUGGUGUUAUGAUCAGCUUCGAGAAGAUUGAGGUUGUUAAUCGGCUCCGAAAAGAAUAUGUUUACAGCACAUUGCUGAACUAUGGUGUAAAGUAUGACAAGACGUGGAUAUAUGAUAAAAUUCAUCAUGAGAUCAAUCAAUUUUGUAGUUCUCAUACCCUGCAACAAGUUUAUAUCGAAGUGUUUGACCAGAUUGAUGAUAAGAUGAAGGAAGCAAUUCAAAGUGACUGCACACGUUAUGCUCCAGGCAUUGAAAUCAUUAGUGUUCGUGUAACUAAGCCAACUAUACCAAAUAGCAUAAAAAGGAACUUUGAGCAGAUGGAAGAGGAACGUACUAAGGUACUUAUUGCUAUAGAGAAGCAAAAGGUUGCUGAAAAAGAAGCUGAAACGAUGAAGAAGAUAGCUUUGACAGAAGCAGAAAAAGAUGCACAAGUUAGCAGGAUUCUUAUGGAACAGAAGUUGAUGGAGAAGGAUAGCAUCAGGAGACAGGAACAAAUUGAGAAUGAGAUGUAUUUGGCUCGUGAGAAAAGUCUUGCAGAUGCUCAUUAUUAUCGAAUGUUGAGAGAAGCAGAGGCUAAUAAGUUGAAACUUACUCCUGAAUAUCUGGAGCUUCGGUUUAUUGAGGCUAUUUCAAAUAAUUCAAAGAUAUUUUUUGGAGACAAGGUACCGAACAUGGUCUUUGACCAGAGGUUGAUUGGGAGCUUUCUCAGUGAUUUGAAAAGAGACAACUUUUAAUCUGUGUAUAGUACAGCUGAAGGCACAUCAGAAUCAUGAUGGUGAAUAAAGGAUUUCUCUACAGCAAUGGGACAUAAGAAUUUCGAAGAUUAUUGGCACUGAAAUAUGGCUAGCGCUAUUUUGGUUCUGUGAGCAAAAGGUUCAACUUCUUGAUGUUUUAGGGAGAGUUUUUGUGGUUUGCAACCAUUUGUGCUACUGCUUGAGAUGGUUUUUCUAGUGUCAGUUAUAGAAACUGCUGGUCAAUGUCCUUGAUCGUACAUCUUUUUUUUUUCUUGUUUUUCUUUCUUCCGGGAGUAAGAUAUUUUACAUUUUGAAUCAUGCUAAUCACUUUCUGCAACAUGAUCAAGUUACCAUUUCUUUCCUGUUGCUGAGAGUUAA